AUGGAUUUGGAAAGGGAGGCAUCCGGACUCGAAUUUGGGGAAGAUAAUGAUGCAAUUAGUACCAUUUCUGGCUCAGAGAAAUUGGUAAAUGGUGAUCAAACCAAGGUUCAGAACCACGGAGGUGUGGUGGAAAAUAAUUACCCUAACGAGUUAUCUUCCAAGGGUAAGGGAAUGGGAACUGAAGUUAAAGAUUCAGUGGAUUUGGCAGACACAGAUGCGCAACCAGAAGUGUCACCUUCCCAUGCAACAAUGAAGAAAGGAAAUAGGUUGAAGAAAUGGAAAAGGAUCAAGAGGGACCCCAAUAAGGUUGGGAACAGUAGUGCUGAUACUGGCAAUAUGCCUACACAGGAUUUGUCAAAUUUGGGUGGAAAUUCGAGCAAACGGAUGCAAGUUUUUGAUGACAGGAACCGAAAAGGUGAGGGGUCUGUUUCAUCAACAAAUGCUGUGGUGAGGAAUUUGGAUGGUUUUGCUAUGCUUGGUGAUUAUGGGUUGUCCAUUGGACCAACCUUUGCUGCUGGAACCGAUUCAGAGAAUAGUGAGGAUCGGAGUAGCAAGUCCUCCACGGCAGCCAGUGCUCCAAGUGAGAGAUAUGAGAUGCCAGUGGUUGCAGGAUUUCCGCGUGAUAGGAGCAGGAUGAGGAGUCUGAGUGGAAAGAAUUUGGGCAGCACAGUGCGUGGUCAGCAGGGAAAGGGACGCAUUGAGACUGGUAAGAAGGCUAAAGGAGAACGUUUCAAAAUCGAUAAGGAAAAUUCUCAUUCCAGCAUGGAAUCUGACUCUCGAAGCUCCAACUAUGCCCUUAUGCAGGGAAAUGACACCGCAAUGAGUAAUGGGAUUCUAAGUGGAAGGCCGAUGAAUUAUGAUGAAGAAAAUGGUGAUGAAGUUCAGGCCGGUGAACGUGAAGUUAGUGAUGGACUUCGAGAUGGUUAUGACAGGAACAAUGACAGAGGUUUUGAAGAUGUCUCUCGUGAAGAUUUAGUUGCCGACUCAUCUUGGGAGUCUAAUGAAGAAAGAAGUGAGAACCAUGGGAACUCAACAGAUUCUGAUCCUCUGGUUAAAUCCAUAUUUGCACUUCAAUCAGCACAAGAAACACUUGAAAAAGAGGUUCAGAAGUUCAGGGAAAUUGGCAGAGAAGAUGUCUCCGUUGAUGAAGUGGUUCAGGAUUUACCUUCAGAGUUCGCUUCAAUCAAUCCAAAAUUGUACGAAACAAGCUCCUCUGAUCAGUUAUACUCUUGCAAGCGUGUGAAUAGUUCUUUCCGUUCCUUCCACUCUGAGGUAAAUGAAACAGCAAACUUGGACAUGGAUAUUGAACUCGAGGACUUCUUUAAGCAAAAGAUUGAAGCUGAGGUUGAAUAUCUGGUAAUAUCAAGAAAUGCUCAGAUGUUGAGAGUUGCUGCAGUGGAUCUUAUCACCCUUCUGGAAGAGCAAAACGCUAAGGCUUCGCAGCAAACCCGGAUGCUGAACGAGCUUAGGGAUACUGAAGACGUUCCAAGUGCUGCAGUGGAUUCUGAAGACGUUCCAAAUGCUGAUGAGACUUUGAAGAUGCAGAAAAGGAGUUUGAUGGCUUCCGCUGGCAAUCAGAACCCACCAGGCGGAGGUCAGUUUGAUAUGCUCAAAUUAUUGAAACCUUCUACUCCUCCACCACCCAAUUCGACUACCACUGCAAACCCUAAUCCCCAAAACCCCAAUAGUAACAUUAAUACUAGCACUAGUAACCCUAAUUUGAUUUCUUCCCCUUUCCCACCCCCGUCAGCCUCUUAUCCUCCACCUGCUGGCGGUGUUUCUGGCGGUGGGACAUACUCAUACGCACCUCAGAAUUCCCCCUUUCAGUAUUUCAGUCACCUGCCUAUGUACAGUACUCCUAAUCCUAUGCCACCACGCCCGGACUUUGCUAACAUGAACCACCAGAGGUCUAUGUCUUACCCCACACCCACCCUCCAACCUCAAGUUCAACCUCCUACUAGUCCACACCACCAGAAUUUCCAAAACCCCGCAAAUUCUCAAAACUCUAACAAUCAUGGGCCGAGACUGAUGGCCUUGUUGAGCGCUCCGCCUUCCACCCUUGAUGUCCCUCGGCAGCCUGUCAUGCCAAUGCCCCCAAUCCACCCCACCUCCUCUGCAGGCUCUGAUUUCUCGGUCCCCCAGAAUGUGAGCUCGUUGCCUUCAGGACCUAACCUUGGGAUUCCGCAUCAGGGUGCCAUGAUGCGGAUGCCAAGCAGUAAGCUCCCCAAGGGGCGGCAUUUGAUUGGGGAUCGUCUGGUUUAUGAUAUAGACGUGAGGUUGCCUGGAGAGGUGCAGCCUCAACUUGAGGUUACUCCCAUUACAAAGUAUGGGUCUGAUCCAGGUCUCGUUGUGGGCAGGCAGAUUGCGGUUAACAAGAGUUAUAUAUGUUACGGGCUUAAGUUGGGCGCCAUCCGUGUGUUAAAUAUUAAUACUGCUUUGAGAUCAUUGCUUAAGGGUCUAUCUCAGAGGGUCACAGACAUGGAUUUCUUUGCUGAGGAUGUCCACCUUUUGGCUAGUGCAAGCGUUGAUGGCCGGAUUUAUGUGUGGAAAAUUACCGAAGGUCCAGAUGAAGAAGACAAGCCUCAAAUUACUGGAAAGAUUGUCAUUGCCAUUCAUAUAACUGGAGAGUGGGAAUCCGUUCAUCCAAGAGUUUGUUGGCAUUGUCAUAAACAAGAAGUUCUUGUGGUGGGAAUUGGCAGGCAUGUUUUGAAGAUUGACACUACAAAAGUUGGAAAAGGAGAAGUGUUUUCAGCAGAAGAACCCCUCAAAUGUCCCAUUGAUAAGUUAAUUCAUGGAAUUCAAUUAGUUGGUAGCCAUGAUGGAGACGUGACCGACUUGUCCAUGUCCCAGUGGAUGACCACUCGUUUGGUAUCUGCUUCAGUAGAUGGCACGAUAAAGAUUUGGGAAGAUCGCAAGUCGCUACCAAUUGCAGUUCUCCGGCCACAUGACAGCCAACCUGUUAAUUCUGUCACGUUUUUGGCUGCUCCUAAUCGUCCAGAUCACAUCAUACUCAUUACUGGGGGUCCAUUGAAUCGGGAACUGAAGACAUGGGCAUCAGCAAGUGAAGAAGGGUGGUUACUUCCUAGCGAGGCUGAAUCAUGGCGUUGUACUCAGACAUUGGAAUUGAAGAGUUCGGCAGAGAUGCAAGUAGAAGAAGCUUUCUUUAAUCAAGUUGUAGCUUUGUCACACGCUGGUCUUCUUUUGCUGGCAAAUGCCAAAAGGAAUGCUAUAUAUGCUGUGCACUUGGAAUAUGGCCCUAACCCAGCAGCAACCCGCAUGGAUUACAUAGCAGAAUUCACUGUCACUAUGCCAAUACUGAGUUUUACUGGGACGAGUGAAGUACUACCUCAUGGUGAACAGAUUGUUCAAGUGUAUUGUGUCCAGACUCAGGCUAUUCAGCAGUAUGCUUUGGACUUGUCACAAUGCCUGCCACCCCCGAUGGAUAAUAUGGUGUUUGAGAAGUUGGACUCUAGCAUCUCACAUGAUGCUGGUACUAUCGAAGGACUUGCCAAUUUGGGGCCUUCUGGUAGUAAAUCUACUGAAACACCUUUGUCUAUUUCAACAACUAAACCAUCUGAGCGUGAAAGUGGCUCAGAGAGUGCAUCUUCAGCAAGAUACCUCAUCAGUGCUGCUUCUACUGAGUCACACACCUUACAAGAGUUCUCUACUCCGAAUAUUGAAAUCAAACAAGUUCCUUUAUCUGCAGUGACUAAUAUUCCUAGUGUUUCUUCCAUUGCUUCACCUCCACUUCCUCUGAGCCCCAGGUUGUCCAGGGAACUUUCUGGUUUUAGAAGUCCGUCAAGCCGCAUUGAGCCUGUUCCAGUGGUGAAUGAUCGUGAUGCAGAUCCUAAAGUUGUUGAAUAUUCAGUUGACAGACAAAUGGAUGCUGUUCAUGCAAACUCGUCUGAUGCUACUUUAAUGGAUGGUGAUUCGAUAAAUGAUGAAAAUAAAAUUUCUCAAGAUGAUAUUUCCUCAUCUCUCGAGCAUCAUAGUAAGUUUAAGCACCCCACUCAUCUGGUAACUCCUUCCGAGAUAUUGAUGGCCAGUUCAUCUUCUGAAGUGAACCGUGCUAGUGAACCCAGAAGCGAUCCUGAACUAAACAUUCAGGAUGUGCUAAUUAGCAAUGAUACUAGAAAUGUGGAGGUGGAGGUCAAGGUUGUAGGUGAUACGAUAUUUGGUCAAAAUAACGAUAUUGGGUCACAAGAAGAACUUCACAAUUUUGGGUCAGAGAACAAGGAGAAAUCCUUUUAUUCUCAAGCCUCUGAUCUAGGAAUUGACAUGGCUCGAGAAUGUCAAACAUUACCCGCUGAUACUUAUAUAGUAGAGGAAACUAGGCAGUUAGAUGGGACUGGUGGAAGUGAGUCGGGGACCCAACCUUCAAGUCCAGAUGAAGAAGUCAAUGACUCUACAAAGGAAGUAUCUAAGAAGGUUAUCGAUUCGUCAUUACCUAUGCCAGUUCAACAACCACCUGUACCAAGUACAAAAGGGAAAAAGCAUAAGGGAAAAAGUGCUCAAGGAUCAAGCCCAUCUUCACCAUUACCUGGUGCUUUCAAUUCAACAGAUUCUUCUAAUGAACCAGGCAUCAACUCAAGUAAUCCUUCUGUAGAAACUGCAUUUGCACAAAUUUUGUCCAUGCAAGAGAUGCUUAAUCAGCUUGUUGCUACACAAAAAGAGAUGCAGAAGCAGAUGACAGGGAUGGUUGCUGUCCCAGUUACCAAAGAAGGCAGAAGACUUGAGGCGGCUCUGGGACGGAGGAUGGAGAAGGUUGUCGAGGCCAAUGCUGAUGCUAUGUGGGCUCGAUUUCAGGAAGAGAUUGCAAAACAGGAAAAGGCAUCACGGGAUGGUACACAGCAACUAACAAAUAUGAUAAAUAAUUGCUUAAACAAGGACUUGCCAUCAAUUGUAGAGAAAACUGUCAAGAAAGAACUAACGGCAGUUGGACAAGCUGUAGCACGCACAGUUAUCCCCUCUAUCGAGAAAACAGUAUCCACAUCAAUCACAGAGGCCUUCCAGAAAGGAGUGAGUGAUAAAGCUGUGAAUCAACUGGAGAAAUCGGUCAGCUCUAAACUUGAAGCCACAGUUGCUAGGCAAAUCCAAACCCAAUUCCAAACUUCUGGCAAGCAAGCACUUCAGGAAGCUUUGAAAUCCAGUUUGGAAGCUUCUGUGGUACCUGCUUUUGAGAUGUCAUGCAGAGCAAUGUUUGAGCAAGUUGAUGCUGCUUUUCAGAAAGGAAUAACUGAACAUACAGCCGCAGCUCAGCAACAUUUUGAGACUUCACAUUCACCAUUGGCAAUUGCUCUAAGGGAUGCUAUUAGUUCAGCAUCGGCCAUGAAUACUCUAGGCAGUGAUUUACUUGACGGUCAAAGAAAGUUGUUAGCACUUGCUGUUGCUGGAGCCAAUUCCAAAGCACCAAAUCCGUUGCUUAGCCAACUCAGUAACGGACCCUUGGGUGGUCUCCAUGAGAAGCUUGAGGUACCUCUUGAUCCAACGAAAGAGCUUUCUAGAUUGAUCGCCGAGCGUAAAUACGAGGAGGCUUUCACUGCAGCCCUGCAAAGGAGUGAUGUUUCUAUUGUAUCGUGGUUAUGCUCUCAGGUUGAUUUACCUGGAAUUUUAUCGAUAAAUCCCCUCCCUCUGAGCCAAGGUGUUCUCCUCUCUCUUCUGCAACAAUUGUCUUGUGAUAUUAGCAAAGAGACACCUCGCAAACUAACAUGGAUGAUGGAGGUUCUAUCUGCCAUAAAUCCAACCGACCCAAUGAUUGUAGUGCACGUCCGUCCCAUAUUCGAGCAAGUAUAUCAAGUAUUGAACCACCAUCGCAACCUUCCAACCACUAAUGGCCCUGAGCUUGCCAACAUUCGCCUGAUCAUGCAUGUCAUAAACUCUAUGCUCAUGACCACUAAAUGA